GGUAGGACAGGUGGGAGGUUAUGGUGUACCUGACCAACCCACCCUGAACUGGGCAUACAGAGAGUGGGACAAAGAAGACUUUCUCACCUUUCAUCAUUGUUCACCUUCAGCUGGAAAGAAGAAAAGGCGACAAGCGUAAUUAGGGUGAGCAUGACAUCAUUUGUGCCACAAGCCCUGUCACCCCAGUUCCACAGUAUGGGGCAGGAAUCCCAAGAGUACAGCCUGUACAGCGACAACUUCUAUAGUCCUCCGCCUCUGCCGAGCCCGCAGCAGACUCUGCCGUCCGCCUGUGAGCUGGGGGACUAUGCCAGCCCGGCCACAAACCCUUACCUGUGGUUCGGCAGCCCCGGCCUUAACCCUGCACCAUAUUUUGGUGGAGCUCACCAACCCUACGGAAUGCAGAGGCCCUACCUUGGUGCAGGAGGAAUGGGGGGAGCAGAAGGGGGCUUCAGCUGGUUCCCCUUGCCCACUCAAGAGGACCUAAUGAAACUCGUCAGGCCCCCGUAUUCUUAUUCUGCUCUAAUUGCCAUGGCAAUAAAUGGGGCCCCAAAUCGCAGGCUCACUCUCAGCCAGAUCUACCAGUAUGUGGCAGAGAACUUCCCAUUCUACAACAAGAGCAAGGCUGGCUGGCAGAACUCCAUUCGGCACAACCUCUCACUCAAUGACUGCUUUAUGAAGGUGCCAAGAGAUGAUGAUGAUCCAGGAAAAGGUAACUACUGGACUCUUGAUCCGAACUGUGAGAAGAUGUUUGACAACGGCAACUUUCGUCGCAAGAGGAAGAGAAAGUCUGACGCCCUGCCUGAAGAUGGGGGAACAGACUCUACUGCAUCCAGCCCAAAAGACCAGAGCAAUGCCACCAGCAACAACUCAGAAAGAGGACCUUCUCCAGUCUCCGGGGGCUCAGCCCCAUGCCUUAAUGGCUUCAUGUCCCAGAUGAACGAGGUGGUCUCCGGUUCAAAUAACGUGCAAGAGGAUGCUCUGCUCCCCUCAAUACCACUGGGUUUGCCACUGGACAGCCAAAGGGCUUCUCCAACUGGGGUCUUUGGUCCAUACUCUCCAACUGCUAGAGUUCCACAGUGGGAUGCCCAGGUACCUCCCCCAUCUCAGCCCAACCUCUCCACAUCACCAUCUCACUACACAGCCAGUUACAGUGACUCUAUCCUCAGCCAGUUCAGCAGCCAUCUCUACCCAAGCUUGGACUCUACUGGCAUGGUGUAUCCGCGGGAAGGCACUGAGGUGUAGAGCACAAGAGAACGAUACUGAAGUGAGUUUCCCACCAGGCACUUGACACAGCGGUUGGCUAAAAGAGCCACCACAAUUUCCAGUGUUGCCUGAGUCAGCAGGUCACAGCAGACACUGAGCACUCUCCACUGUGUGAAAACACACACGCUCCGAUCUCAGCCUGAGACGCUGAUAUCAUCGCAUUUCAGGUCGCAGCUAAGCAUUUCAGACGUGCUGACGUUUUUUGUAACUUGCUUUCUGAAAACAGACUUUUGUUGUAGUAUAUUAAUUGCACUGGCCUUUAUUAUGAGUAAAAUGUAUUUGUGUGUUUUUUAUAUUUUGUGACAUGUGUGUAUGUGGGUUGAUGUAUUGUUGUGGAAAUAAACCAAAAUGAAAAUGA